AUUCCGUCAACGUUUCACUCCGCGAUGUAUUCCUCGAUGCACAUUUCCAUUUAAAAAUAAAGAGUACGAGGCAAAAAAAUAAUACGAAUAGAGACAACAAUAUUCCUCAGGGGAUAACAAUAGAACGGGCACAUUCAAGUGUCACUGCCUGCUGCUGCUGGUGCUCUCAACGAGUUACAGAGUUGAAAAUUUGAAUAAAAGUAUUUACAACAGGAAAUUACGGUCUAUUGAAUCAUCAGAUAAAUAAGAGAAAUGACGAUUGACCUGUACUACUUUCCGUUGAGUCCACCCGUCCGUGCUGUCAUUCUCCUGGCAAAAGCUCUGGGUAUUCACCUCAAUUUAAAAGUCAUCGACGUAACCAAAGGCGAGCAACACGAUCCCGAAUUCGUGAAGAUAAGUCCACAGCAUACGAUACCAACUAUUGACGACCAUGGAUUUAUCUUAUCCGAGAGUCGAGCAAUUAUGGCGUAUCUGGUGAAUAAAUACGCGAAAAAUGAUUCUCUCUAUCCAAAGGAUCCCAAGGAAAAGGGAAUAGUUGAUGAAAGAAUUUACUUUGAUAUCUCCAAGCUCUGGAUGGGAAUCUUCAAUACUUACAUUCCAGUUAUAUUCGGAAUGACUGAUGAAGUUAGUGAGGAGAGCAUUGCGGGGAUUGAGAGGGCUUUCGAAAUUUUGAAUACUUUUUUGGAGGGCAACGACUUUGUCGCUGGCGAUCAUUUGACCAUUGCCGAUUUUUCGAUUGCCAUCAGCACACAUUUUGCAGAAAUGGUUGGAUUCGAUAUAGCACGUUAUGACAACGUAGCUGAAUGGUACGAGCGCUGCAAGGAAACCCUAGAAAAGUAUGGGUUUGAAGAAGUAAACACUCCGGCACUGGUGCUGGGUGAAUGGUAUCGAGCGAAUCUCAAAGAGGAAUAACAUUCCUUAAAUAUAAAUUUAGUCCUCUCUCAACGUCAAAUGUUAUAUUUCCCAAUGCUUAUUCAAUUUGCUAGUUUACCUUUCAAUUCAUCCUCGUGUAUUCCCUGAAAAUUUACCGACUCUUGUAAAAUAUUCAACAGUGUAGCAAUCUUUGUGAUGGAAUAUUAACAAAAAAAACAA